AUGUCUCAAUCCUCUUCCGAAACCCCUCUCCUCUCGCGCGGCCUCGCCUCGCCGCCGCCCUCCUCACCGACGCGUCUCCGCCCCAAGAUCGUCAAUCGCAUGUCCUCCGGCGCGCCACAGCCGGAGCGCCCUCACAUCGAAACCCACACGGGCCAGUACGACGCUAUUCUGCGCGACGUCAUCAUCGGCUUCUCCGAUGGCCUGACCGUGCCGUUUGCGCUGACGGCGGGCCUGUCGUCGCUCGGCAACUCCAAAAUUGUCAUCAUGGGGGGCCUGGCCGAGUUAUGCAGCGGCAUGAUCAGCAUGGGGCUGGGCGCGUAUCUGGCCGCCGAUACCGAGCGGCAGCAUUGGGAAGCCGAGUACGCGCGCGAGUCCGACGAAGUCGAUACAAUGCCGGCCAUGGAACGCGCCGAGAUCCACGACAUCCUCGCCGGGUACGGCAUCAGCCGUGCCGCCAGCGAGCCGCUCGUGCGGGAGCUGACGGCGUCCAAGGAGCAGUGGGUGCGCUUCAUGAUGGACUUUGAGCUGCGCCUGCCGGAGCCCGAUGCCCGCCGCGCUUGGGUAUCGGCCGCGACCAUGGGGCUGAGCUAUUUCGUGGGCGGCCUGAUCCCCAUGCUGCCGUACUUCUUCCUGGAGCGGACCGAUCACGCGCUGUUGGUGUCGUGCGCGAUUACCGUGGUUAUUUUGUUGGUGUUUGGGUUCUUGAAGAACUGGGUUGCGAUUCGGACGCGCAAGGCUGGUGUUUGGGGUGCGAUGCAGACGCUGGUGGUGGGCGUGCUGGCCGCUGGGACGAGCUAUGGCAUUGUGCGGGCGUUGGACAACGCGGGGAGUUCCUAA